UGCAGGAGUAUCUGGAGGCCGGAGCCGACAUCAUCGAGACCAACACCUUCAGCAGCACCAGCAUCGCUCAGGCCGACUACGGCAUGGAGGACCUGGCGUAUCGGCUGAAUAAAGCAUCUGCAGAACUGGCCCGGAGAGCAGCGGAUGACGUCUCUACACAGACAGGUUGUAAGCGGUUUGUAGCAGGAGCCGUGGGUCCCACCAAUAAAACACUGUCAGUGUCUCCAUCGGUGGAGAGACCCGACUACAGGAACAUCACGUUUGAUGAGCUGGCGGAGGCGUAUGCGGAGCAGGUGAAGGGUCUGCUGGACGGAGGCGCUGAUGUUCUGCUGGUGGAAACCAUCUUUGAUACAGCGAACGCAAAGGCGGCGUUAUUUGCCAUCGACAGGCUGUUUGAGGAGUGUUACGAACCUCGACCCGUGUUU